GAGCAGCGCCCGAAGCUCAAAUGAGCCUCGUUUAGUGCAAUCACCUCAGUUCAGCCCGAGACUCUCGCAGACCCGCCUCUCUCCCCGGAGUCUCCGCGACGCGUAUUUGAAUGGCAGUACACUGCAUGUGGAUUUACAAAGCACAUUUCUCAACAGGAUUAUAAACUCAUUUACAACUUGUCAGGCAGACUCGAGGUGCGCGUUCUUCGUAAGGAAUACUGUGGUUUCUUUACAGCUUGAGGAAUGGGAUUAACGAGAUCGAAGAAAAGUUGGGAUUUGUAGGUCUGGUAAAAUGGAGAGAUAAAGCUCGCCUACAGAGCUCACGAAGGCGGACGCAGCGGUAAUUCACAGCUAGAGGAAAUGCACAGAGCUUGGGUUCUCCUCAUUGUAAUAGAAGAGGGAUUUGCCCUGGCGCAGAAAAUUAAAGAGACGCAGAAUGCAGGUGAAUCUCUGUCAAACGCUGAGCAGUGCGGCCAGUGGACCCGGAAUAUCAAUGGAGGGCUGUUUACAUCUCCAAACUAUCCUAACUCCUAUCCACCCAACAAGGAGUGUGUGUACAUCCUAGAAGCUCUCCCUCGGCAGAGAAUUCAGCUGGCCUUUGACAAAACGUACUAUAUCGAGCCGUCCUUCGAGUGCCGCUUCGACCACAUUGAGAUAAGGGAUGGUCCCUUCGGUUUCUCCCCUCUUAUUGAUCGCUUCUGUGGGCCAAAGAGUCCCGGUGUGGUCACCUCCACGGGCCGCUUCAUGUGGAUCAAAUUCACCAGUGAUGAGGAGCUUGAAGGCUUAGGCUUCCGUGUCAAAUACACUUUUAUAGCAGACCCAGAUUUUCAUUUGCACGUCGGUGGAUUGCUAAAUCCAAUUCCAGAUUGCCAGUUUGAGAUCAGUGGUUCAGAUGGAGUCAUCCGCUCCAGUCAGGUGGAAGAAGAGGAUAAAAUAAAAAAUGGAGACGCGUUGGACUGCAUCUGGACCAUCCGUGCCCUUCCUCAGUCCAAGAUAUACCUUCGCUUCCUCGAGUACCAGAUGGAGCACUCAAAUGAGUGCAAGAAGAACUUUGUGGCCGUGUAUGACGGCAGCAGCGCCAUUGAGAACCUGAAAGCAAAGUUCUGCAGCACGGUGGCCAAUGACGUGAUGCUGGAUACUGGCGUGGGUGUCGUGCGCAUGUGGGCCGAUGAGAGCAGCAGACUCAGCCGUUUUCGCAUGCUCUUCACCUCAUUUGUGGAUCCUCCCUGCUCUAGCAGCACCUUUUUCUGUCACAGCAACAUGUGCAUCAACAACUCACUAGUGUGCAAUGGCGUUCAGAACUGCGUCUACCCCUGGGAUGAGAACCACUGCAAGGAAAGGAAGUCCACAGGACUCUUUCACCAAAUCACAAAGACGCACGGAACGGUUAUCGGCAUCUCCGCUGGUGUGGUUCUGGUCCUUCUCAUCAUCUCCAUCCUGGUGCAAAUGAAGCAACCCCGUAAGAAGGUAGUGGCCCGUCGGCCGCCGGUCUUCAACAAAGGCGGCUUCCAAGAAGUGUUCGAUCCCCCCAACUAUGAGCUUUUUUCCCUCCGCGACAAGGAGCUGUCGUCAGACCUGGCUGAGCUGUCGGAUGAGCUGGACGGCUACCAUAAGCUGCGGCGCUCCUCCACCAUGUCUCGAUGCAUCCACGAGCACCACUGUGGUGCCCAGCCCUCCUCGGGCGGCAGCAUGAAGCAGAGCCGCACCACACUCAGCUCAAUGGAGCUCUCUUACCACAACGAUUUCUCCAAGCCACCUCCCAUGAAGACCUUCAAUAGCAGCAACACCGGCACCUACAAGAAGAGCUGCUACGGAUACAAACAGACUCACGACUGUGCCGAGCAGGUGAUCGAGGACCGCGUGAUGGAGGAGAUCCCCUGUGAAAUCUACGUGAGGGGUGGGAGCGUAGGAGGGGCUGCUGGCAGCAUCGGAAGCGGCUGCGGGAGCAUUACCAUCCGUAACCAUGGCAAUGCUCGUAGUAGCAACACCACCACCGUGGUGGACCCGGGACAGCGCUCCAUAUCUAUGGACUUCUGAGAUGGCGAGGGAGAACGAGAGCCCUGACUGCCACCGACUUUGUCCUGCAUUGCUGUUUUUAAUGCACGGGCUCCAGUGCCAUGUAGACAAGCACUGAGCGAACGGACUGUACACGGACAAACAGAUGAGAAGACAUGUGGCUGGCUAUUUUAAUCUAUGUAAAUUUAAAAUGAAAGAUAAACAUUAUGUAGGUUUUGUGUUGUUGCUCAGCAUUAACUCACAUUUGGCAUCAUUUGAUUCUGUGGAUAACUCAAAUUAUGAGCUCAAAUGAAGAUGACUGUCAUUAUUAUGAACUGAAGUCAUCUAGUGGUCAAAACCUUCCCCUGCUGUGUCCUUAAGAGCCGUUCACACCAAGGAACGAUAAUGAUAAUUAUAACGAUAAAGUUUUAAUAAGCAUCCUAAUUCUAUGAGAAUAGUGAAGUCUUUAAUGAUAACGACACAGAGGAAUAAUAUUGUUGUAAUCACUUUCAGAACGAUUUUUGCUGAUGAAAAAUAAAAAGACUACCAAUCAGAAUCCACUCAACUUUAAAGAGCUCAAGCAUUUAAAGCAGCACAUGACAUAACCGCAGCACGUGCUUACAAUAAACAGAAUGUUAUCAUCCGUUGGUGUGGAUGCUAAUAUUGUUAUUGUUAUAGGUAUUAUUCACACCGUGCCUAAACCAGACAGAAUAAGACUGAAAACAAAACUGGCAUGUGACAUGUUAAUCACAGCUAAUCAGAACUAUGGCCGGGGGCAGGGCUACGCAAACCAAGAGACAAAAUGUCUUGUCCAGGGGCAUAGUUUGCGUCAGGCUAUUAAUUAGUUAUAUACAUCGCACAUUCUGGGCUUUUAUAAGCACUAAGUUGAACAGACCAAUUAUCAAUGCAAUAUGACUGAAUCACAGUUUAUUUAAUUGUGCAUAAGUGGCACGUGAAUCACCAUAUACUCUGUGCAUUCGCCAGCGCACUCCAAAAGUGUGAUAAGAUUUGCGCAAGCCGUUCCUAUCGUGAAGCUGAUGAUAAAAUGUGCAACCCAUUUGAAUUCUAUUGAGAAUUUACCAGUUUAAAACGCUAUGGAGAAAGUCAAACAUGAUCUAAAACAGCCACAUAAACUAAAAAGAUUGCUGAAAAGAGGAGAAAACAUAAUCUUGCACCAACUUACAUUAGAAAGCUUGACCACGUUUACUAGAAUUUAUCACGUUUUAUAGUAGGCCUAUUUAUAGUGUUACAUUUUGACUAACUUGUAGAAUUUAUAAUAAAAAGGGAAUAGAUUUUUCACUAUAGAUUUAUAUCACAACUGUGGCAUGUUGUAGCCAUAGUUUCUAAAUGUGUAGGCCGCUGUUUUUCAUAACAAAUUCUAUAGAUUAUUAAAAAAGAAAAAAGUCAACAUUGGCCUAAUGAGGAGCCAUGCUUUUGAAUGGUUUAACUGUAGCAAAUGCUACGGUUAAACAAUUACACGAACUAUGGUACAUUUCAUAAGGGCAAGUACAAGUUAGAAUCAAGAGCCAUGUGUAAAAUGUGUUCUAAUGAUGACUGAUAGGAAAAACCUGCCCUUUAAAUGUUCCAAGAGAUGACGGAGACAAAAUCAUUAAGAGCCCGAUGAACUGUUCAGGAGUAGAAAAUAAUUUCAAUAUAAGAAAAUGGGUACAAUAAGGUUCCUAAGUUAACAUGAACUAAUAAUGAACUGCACUUCCUCAGCAUUUAUUAAUCUUUGUUAAUGUUAAUUUCAACAUUUACUAAUACAUUAUUAAAAUAUUGUUAACAUUAGUUAAUGCACUGUGAACUAACAUGAACAAACAAUGUGAAUGAAUUUUUGCUAAAUUUUUCUUAACUAAUGUUAACAAAGAUUAACAAAUACUGUAACAAAUGUAUUGCUCAUGGUUAGUUCAUGUUAGUUAAUACAUUAACUAAUGUUAACAAAUGAACCUUAUUGUAAAGAAAAUGUUACGUAAAGUUAGCUUGACUUCCCGUGGCACUUUGAAGUAGAACACUCUGUCAAACUGCUAAUGUUUCAGGUGCUUAAAUUAUAUAAAACACAUCAUAUAACCUAUUCUAUGUAAACAAGUAAUUGUUACCCAGGCUAUUAUUUUAUUUCAGUUAUGUAUCAACCAGCUUUGCAUGUGUGGAUGAUACCACAAAAGACCAUUUUGCAAAAAUAAAUAAAUAAGCAAACAAACAAAUAAAUAAACAUCAAGAGGGAGCACGCCCGGCAACCCCGCUAAAACGGUUCACACUUCAACCCCCCAAUGUUCAAACCAAAACUACGCCCUUGGUCUAGUCGCUAUUUGGUUUGAAUGGUCAUAGCUGCUUAGCACAACAAUCAAAGUUUACAUGGAAGACAAAGGAUUCAGUGUUUGCAUUAGGCACGGUGUUAAGAGGAUCAUGCUUUUAAACAAGAACGGCUACUAUUACCACAGCAUACACAAACACUGACCUGAUUUAUACAUUUUGCCAUUGGUUUUUAAGAGUUGCUUUUUAGCUUUUGUUUUAAGCAAAUUCCCCUUGUGCACUUAUCAUUGUGUCUCAGUGGCCGUUAAACACCACAGCACAUGCGUUAUAUGUUCUUUAACCUAUAAACAUACCAUUUUUGGAGGUUCAAGCAAUCCAUUACAAGCUUCAGAUAAAGUGUGGAAAUUGUAAAUGAUGCUUACACCUUUUGUAUAGAAAUGAUUCUUUUUGUUGUUAAAUAAGUAAAAAUGAGCAGGAAUAUAUUUUCUAACCAAUAUAUGUUGUAUAUCAAAUUAUACUGCGCUUCCAUUUUAGUCAUAACAUGAAUAAUUGUAAAGAUGUUGAUGUGAGAGAUGUGCAAUUACAUUUUAAUAAAAUUACACCACCUAACGUA